UAGCAAUCGGAGCAUUGACGGAAUUCACUUUACGGUAACACCGUGGAGGCAUAUCUCCCCACUUCGUCUGCAAAACCCAAUCUCACGAUUUGAGUGUUCUCGCAAUAGACGGACAAAUAUAAGAUGAGUGUGGCGAGUGAUUCUCCAGUGCAUUCCUCCAGUAGUGACGAUCUUGCCGCCUUCCUUGAAACUGAGUUGGAGUCUGACUCAGAUUCUUCGUCUGAGUCCUUCCCCAGCGAAGAAGCCGAGGAUGAUACUGAAGUUGCCAAUCAUAGAUUAAAAAAACGAAAGCUUGAGCAUCUAGAAACCGUAGAAGAGGAGGGGGUUGAGAAUGUGGCUUCUGUUACGUUUUCAGAAGAAAUCUCAGAAGCAUCCUCAAGCAAGAGACCGUGCGACCACCCAGGUUCCAUUAAACAAAUCUGCAUUCUUUGUGGCGAACCAGUGGAACAAACCGGUGUUCCAUUGAGAUACAUGCACCAGGAUAUGUGGAUUCAUCAAGAAGAAAUAUCCCGGAUACGUGACUCAGAUAUAAAAUUCUUGCAACGGCAGCGGAAGUUGUGUUUAGUUCUCGAUUUAGACCACACUCUUCUUAAUACAACCGUACUUAGGGACCUGAAACCAGAGGAGGAUUAUUUGAAAAGCCAUACACAUUCUCUUCAAGAUGUCUCUGGUGGCGAUCUCUUCAUGCUGGAUUUUAUGAAUAUGAUGACAAAAUUAAGGCCGUUUGUUCGUUCAUUUCUGAAAGAAGCCAGCGAGAUGUUUGUAAUGUAUAUAUACACAAUGGGAGAUAGGGAUUAUGCACGAAAGAUGGCCGAGCUGCUGGACCCAAAAGGAGAGUACUUUAGCGGUCGGAUAAUUUCUCGAGAUGACGGCACAGUGAAACAUCAAAAGAGUUUAGAUGUGGUGCUGGGACAAGAAAGCUCUGUUCUGAUUCUUGACGAUACAGAGAAUGCAUGGCCAAGUCAUAAAGACAAUUUGAUUGUGAUAGAGAGGUAUCACUUUUUUGCUUCAAGCUGCAGACAGUUUGAGCACAAAUACCAGUCUCUCUCGCAGCUGAAGAGUGAUGAGAGUGAACCGGAUGGGGUUCUUGCCACUGUUCUUAAAGUCCUUAAACAAACACAUAGUCUAUUCUUUGAGGAUGGUGGAGGAUACACAUCUGGCAGAGACGUGAGGACAUUAUUGAAGCAAGUGCGUAAACAAGUCCUUGAAGGAUGUAAGGUAGUGUUUAGUCGAGUGUUCCCGACCAAGUCUGAGCCUAAAGAUCACCCACUGUGGAGGAUAGCUGAGGGAUUGGGAGCCACGUGUGCAACGGAAGUGGAUGCAUCCGUAACACACGUCGUGGCUAUGGAUGUGGGAACAGAGAAAGUGCGUUGGGCUAUAAGAGAGAAGAAGUUUGUGGUCAAUAGAGGGUGGAUAGACGCAGCUCAUUACCUGUGGAAGAAGCAGCCAGAAGAGAACUUUGGGUUGGAGCAGCUCAAGAAGACAGAAACGGAAGUAAAGAAUGAUGAUGUAACACUCGAAAAUUAGAUAACUUAUGUACAAUUGUUUUUUAUUUAUUUAUUAUGAAUGUAUGUCGAAGCAAACCAAAGUUUUGAACUAAUUUUUUGUAGUGUUUUGUCUACUUCUUUGUAUAUAUACGAAUUUCGUUCUGUUCAUUCCUUCUUCCUGGUCCGGCACCAACAAUGUGUAUGUUGUUUAUCUACCGACUAAUUUGUUGGGCCUAAACGGGCCGUCUAUAUACGAACAAUGGGCCACCACGUCUAUUAUUUUUUGUUUUUAAUUGUAUUGUUUUGUUGUCGAC